GGACAUAAUGAACUCCAACUACCAAAGAAGUUUGUUGAUAGUCUGUCAAUGACAACUCUCGCUUCUGUAGCUUUCUAUUGGACAGUUAAUCUAGAUGUGGAUAUGUUCCAACUCACAACUUUCAAAUCAACAAAAGUUAAUACGUCCAUAAGAGAAACGUCCAUUCUCGAGGUCUCUCAAAAGUAUCCCCUCGUAUUUCAUAGACGAAAUGUGGUCAUUACUUCAGCAGAUACUCCUCAUGCAACUAAACGCAUUGUGUGGAUGAACGUCCCACCCUGGUACAAGACAUUUACAUCUUUCGCCCACUGUUACGUUCGUUCGUGUGAAAUAAGUACAGACGAGGCACAUAUGUCAACAGCUAAUGCUGUGGUUGUCAAUGGUGUUGAUUUGCCAUCAUCAAAACACCCAAACACGGACAUGAACCAGGUGUGGAUUAUGUAUGGAUGGGAAGCACCUCCUUACUAUUAUAGUAACACAAUUUUCAGUCCUGACUGGAAUGGCCGCUUUAACUGGACAUUGACGUACCGAUUGGAUUCGGAUAUACCAUUUCCUUACAAUAGGAUAGUGUACACUGGAGGCAGUGUGAAUAUAAGUGAUGUUGUGAGACGGAAAAGCCGAUCUAUUGCUUGGUUUGUAAGCAACUGUGGUACACCCUCAAAGAGGGAAGUGUAUGUUCGAGAACUGCAGAAACAUAUUGAUGUCGACAUUUAUGGCGCCUGCAGAAAUAAUAAGAGUUAUGACUGUCCAAAAGGAAGGUCCUUCGAGUGUCUUGGUCUGUUAAACACCACGUAUAGAUUUUAUCUUUCGUUCGAAAAUUCCCUAUGUAAAGACUACAUCACAGAGAAGUUCUACAACACGUUCAUGACUUCAGCUAUUCCCAUCGUUCGUGGAGGCGCUGACUAUGAACGUCUUCUGCCAGAAGGAACCUUUAUCAACACGGCAUCAUUUGACAGUCCAAAGAGUUUGGCGAACUAUAUCCGAUAUUUGGAGAGGAAUGAGACAGCUGUGGGGGCGAUUUUAGAAAAGAAGCUCAAGUAUGAAUACAUUAAUUCAGAAGGAACAGAUUUUGAUUGGAGGUGUCAGCUGUGCGCCAAGUUACAUAGGAAUACUACGAGAAAAUCAUACACAGAUUUGAAACAUUGGCUUAAAGAUGGACAAUGCCUGGAACAGCCAAAAGAUCUGCCGUAGUGCUUGGGAAUGGAAGAAACGUGUUUGAACAGGAAGACAACCACUCGAUCCACAUCAUAAUCCAAUUGAACAGAAUAAUACUUCAAACGCUUCAAAAGUUGACACGUAUUUAUUAAAUAGUGCUAAGGUUAUCCUAACUCCCAUACUUUUUUACGUAAUUUGUGGAAUUUUGUUGCGAGAUCCACCGGCGAAACAAUACCAUGUGACGUCAGCCUAGCAACUGGGUUUUCUUGAGUCAUCACCUGUGCAUAAACUCCUGUUAGUGAUCUAUCAUCUCUACACACAAUGUCGUUGAAUAAGCCUAGAUAUGUUGAGGGUUUUCAAUAUUUGUUCGUGAAAGUUUCGUUCAAGCAGUACACAAGGACGCGCUUUGGUAUUACACAACGUGUCAUACAGCUGUAUGUUUAUUAAACGAGUAAUCUCUUCACAGGCAUGCAGUAAAUAUAGAAAUGAGUCGGCUUAAGGUUUUUCCAGGUGUAUUAACUCAGGAUAUAUUAAAUAAUAGAAACGACGAGGCUUAACGAUUUUUCCAGGUGUUUUAACUCAGGAUAUAUGAAAACAUAGAAAUGACGAGGCUUAACGAUUUUUCCAGGUGUAUUAACUUGGGAUAUCUGAAAACAUAGAAAUGAUGAGGCUUAACGUUGUUUUCUCUGUGCAUUAACUCGGGAUAUAUGAAAAUAUAGAAAUGAUGUGGCUUAACGUUUUUCCAGAUUUUCAUCAUGAUUUAUAAUAUUUCCCCUUUCUAUACCCAAAUUAUGUAACAACACUGCAACAACAUAGGACACAGCCUGUCUUGGAGUCGCCCUGGGCUUAUUGUAGAGGCACUGAAACCGCUGUUUCAGGACACCGAAGGUCUGCUCAAUGAGCACCCUUGUCCUGCACAAUGACCCAUUGUAACGUUCCUCGGCACGGUUGGUGGGGUUCAGUAGAGGCAUCAGGAGGAAACAACGACAUGCAUAACCUGAUUCACUUAGCAGAAAACCUCUGUACUGUCCUUAAACCUAAUAAAAUCAAGUC